AUGGAUGGCCGAUUAGCGGACCCGGCGAUCCGGGGCGGCUUCUGCGCCAUCAAUCCCUUCCGACCGGCUUGGUGGCACGGCGGUGACGAGCCUCCCCGUCUCUCCCUUCUCCAGCUGAAUAUCCUGGUGGACACGGGGAGCAGUAACUUCGCCGUGGGAGCUGCGCCUCACCCCUUCCUGCGGAGAUACUACCAGCGGCAGCUAUCCAGCACCUACCGUGACCUGCGGAAGGGCGUGUACGUGCCCUACACCCAGGGCAAGUGGGAAGGGGAACUGGGCACCGACCUUGUCACCAUCCCCCACGGCCCCAACGUCACCGUCAGAGCCAACAUCGCCGCCAUCACCGAGUCCGACAAAUUCUUCAUCAACGGCUCCAACUGGGAGGGGAUCCUGGGGCUGGCGUACGCCGAGAUCGCCCGGCCCGACGACAGCCUGGAGCCCUUCUUCGACUCCCUGGUGAAGCAGACACGGGUGCCCAACAUCUUCUCCCUCCAGCUCUGUGGGGCAGGCUUCUCGCCCAACGAGACGGAGACCCUGGCGUCGGUGGGGGGCAGCAUGAUCAUCGGUGGCAUCGACCGCUCGCUGUACGUGGGUGACAUCUGGUACACCCCCAUCCGGAAGGAGUGGUACUACGAGGUCAUCAUCGUCAAGCUGGAGGUCAACGGGCAGGACCUGAACAUGGACUGCAAAGAGUACAACUACGACAAGAGCAUCGUGGACAGCGGGACCACCAACCUCAGGCUGCCCAAGAAGGUGUUUGAGGCUGCGGUGAAAUCCAUCAAAACAGCUUCUUCGACGGAGAAGUUCCCGGACGGCUUCUGGCUGGGGGAGCAGCUGGUUUGCUGGCAGGUCGGCACCACCCCCUGGCACAUCUUUCCCGUCCUCUCCCUCUACCUGAUGGGGGAGGCCACCAACCAGUCCUUCCGGAUCACCAUCCUGCCCCAGCAAUACCUGCGCCCGGUGGAGGACGUGGCCACCUCUCAGGACGAUUGCUACAAGUUCGCCAUCUCCCAGUCCUCCACGGGCACCGUCAUGGGCGCCGUUAUCAUGGAGGGCUUCUACGUGGUCUUCGACCGUGCCCGCAAGCGCAUCGGCUUCGCUGUCAGCGCCUGCCAUGUGCACGACGAGUUCCGGACGGCCGCGGUGGAGGGGCCCUACCUGCACCCCAACAUGGAGGACUGCGGCUACAACAUCCCCCAGACGGACGAGUCCACCCUGAUGACCAUCGCCUACGUCAUGGCGGCCAUCUGCGCCCUCUUCAUGCUGCCCCUCUGCCUCAUGGUGUUCCAGUGGCGCUGCUUCCACUGCCUGCGGCGGGACCACGACGACUUUGCCGAUGACAUAUCCUUGCUGAAGUGACGGCGGAGCCCGGGGGCGGCUCCGGGGGCCGCAGGUGAGGCAGCAGGGCAGGGAGAGGUAGGUCCUUUCUCGGGGGGCUGGAGCCUGGAGGCAGCGUGGGGAGCUCAGACCCUCCUGGCCCUGGGGGACGCGGCGCCCGUGGGACCCCCGGGCCCGGGCUGUGUUCAUCUGGGACCUGCUGAAAGAGCCUGGCAGCUGGGGAGGGGGUGAGGGGGCAGCGACCCCGUCCCGGGGGCUGGGGGGAGCAUCUCUGCUCCGCCGCCAGGACAGGCCAGGCUGUCCCGGGGUCUCCUGCCCGGGAGGAGGGAGGCAGAUGGACACACCAUCCCCUGUCCCCCUCCAUCCCAGUGCCAGGAGCUGUGUGUGCUCAGCCCUGCCUUCCCCGUGCGGCUCCCGGGGUGGGACGGGAUGGGGCCCCUGCCCGGCUCCCCCCGUCACACCUCCGGGCUUUUCGGAGACAGGCAGGGCCAGCCCGGGGCAGGGGUUCCCCCCCCAUCCUCCUGCUCGCUCUAACGUUUGCCACGCCGUUUCCUCCACUCCCCCAAACCCUCCUUCUGCCACCCCCAGCCCCAGGACUCCCU